AUGUAUCAAAAGUGUGUGGAGAACUAUCCUCAAUCUUGGGACAAGAGCUGCUUGCAACAGAAACGUGCAUUGACCAAAUGUUCUGAAGAAAAUGUUGGCAUUUUGAAAUAUGUCAAGCAACAUUGUUUGGCUCCCAUCAAGGCCUACGACGAAUGUCUCGCUGCGAAUUCGGAGAAUCCCGAAGCUUGCGUCAAAGCGCUCAAAGAACUAUACUUUUGUACCGAAGCCACCACUAUUGCCUAUCGCGAUCAACAAGCCAAAGAAAACAAGCAAGAACCAUCAGCGGCUGCUGAAGCCAAGAAAGAUUAA